CGUCGAUAAAUCCUUUUCAUUCAAACUCUCUUUCGAACCUCCACGUUCCGUUCCAGGUCUCCGUUUCGUUCAGUUCUCGUGUAACAGUUUUCGAGACUCUAUUGUAUUACCAGUGAUCUCCUUCACUAUGUCACAAUCAAGUGCAAAAAUCUACGUUGGAAAUUUGAGUUGGAACACCACUGAUGACACGUUGCGCAAUGCUUUCAGCGGUUAUGGACCAGUGCUUGACUCUAUUGUCAUGCGUGACCGUGACACUGGUCGUUCCCGGGGUUUUGGCUUUGUCACCUACGGAACCACUGAGGAAGCAAACCAUGCUAUUGCCAACAUGAAUGAGCAGGAGCUUGAUGGCAGGAGGAUAAAAGUAAAUCUUGCUAAUCCCCGUAGCUCCGGAACAGGUGGUGCUAGCGCAGGCGGCGCAGGAUUUGGAGGUGGUUAUGGUGGCGCAGGCGGCUACUCUGGUGGUGGCGGAUAUGGUCAACAACCUACCUAUGGAGGUCAGGGCGGUUAUGCUGGAGGCCAAGGUGGGUACGGUCAAGGUGGCUAUGGAGGAGGCUACCCAGCCACGGGGUAUGCAGGCGGUUUUGCUCCCACUGGUUACAGUACCCAACAAGGUUAUGGUCAGCAAGGUGGAAACGGCAAUCCAGGAAGUUACGGCCGUGGUUAUUGAUCAAGUGUUGAUCAUCUCUGGCACAUACAUUUCUUAUCUCCACUAUCGAAAUAAGCUGAAGCAUGUGCUACCAGCUCUCCCUUUGGACAUGACAUGCUCUUUUUUCUUAUUCACAUCCACACCCUACUUGCACAUGUCCAGUAUUCUCUCCUCUCAUUUUUAGUCUGAACUCUAUUACGAUUCAGCUUGUACUUGUAUCUUCAGAUAUAUCCAUCCCAUGCCCUCGUCCGAAGCACCAUCCAUCAUAGCGCUUUUCCAGAUUCAGAAGGAACGACCGUCUUUUUAUAAGUAUAGGAGACUAAUGUCCUGUAUUUGGGAGGGGUAUUUUAGAUAAUGUGUGGUCGGGUACCGAUGUCAUAAAGUCAUCCAACUAUAACAGGUUAGAACGAACCAUGAUG